AUGUCUUCGCCAUUAAUACUCCUUCCGGGCGAUGAGGUGCCUUCGGAAUAUCUACCCAACAACUCUGCACCGCUACGACUAGGACAGGGCCUACGUCUUCUCUCACAACCGCCAGGAACCACUCCUUCGAGUCAUGUCCUCACUGCUACACAAGCCGGAGUCCUUUCUACAGAUAACAAACGAAAUGCCGUCUCCAUAUUGUCUUCAUCGAAUCGCCGUUAUGUUCCGACCACGAAUGAUUUAGUGAUCGCGCAAGUGCAUCACUCAAGCGCCGAUUAUUUCCACUGCAUGAUUACACCACAGUCACCUCAUGCACUGCUCGGGCAGUUAUCCUUCGAGGGUGCGACGAAGAAAACACGGCCGAUGCUGAAAGGAGGAGAUCUAGUGUAUGCCCGCGUUCUAUCUACCGGGUUGGGACCGGGGGCAGAAGUGGAGCUUACAUGUGUCAAUCCUGCGACUGGGAAAGCUGAGCCUGGAGGACUAGGGCCUUUGACCGGUGGAAUGGUGUUCGAUAUCUCUACUGGCAUGGCUGCUAGGUUGAUCAAAGCAAGCUCUUCCUCAUCGGAUCAACAGGAGGGUGUCGCAGGCUUGGUCGUAUUAGACGAGCUAGGCAAGAAACUUGAAAAGGUUGGAGGGUUUGAAAUUGCAGUUGGGAGGAAUGGAAAGGUGUGGGUGGACUGCUCGAACAGUGAAGAGGAUGCCAUCAAAGCAACUGUAGCAAUUGGGCGGUGCAUCACCAUGAUUGACGAACAUAAUCUUGUUCCCACUGAUCAACGGAAAUUGGUGACAAGGAUAUUACGGGAAAUGAAAAUAGACUCAUAA